UUGAACUGUGUGUAGGAUUAGAAGUUUAGAUUCAUCGGACUCAAACGAACUCGGACAUUCUCGAAGACCUCCCUCCUGAACUGCAAAGUAGGCUGCACACUGCGAUCUUGUCGAAGAUGGCCGCCACGAACGCCAGCACCGUUUUCACGUACAUGUACGAUCCCCGGUCAUGGACUUUUGGGACAACCAGUUUGAUCGUCGCAGUGGUGGCUGUUGUGUCAAUCCGCGUGCUCACUAUCGGGAUGGAAAGGAGGAAGUACAAUAUGCCACCGGGUCCUCGGUCCUAUCCGCUGAUAAAGAAUAUGCUCGAGAUGAAAGGGGUGGAAAUGCACGAGACAUGGUGGAGCUUGUCGCAGACUAACAAGUGGCCCGUUAUGAGCUUCGGAUUCAUCGGUAAGCCAACUAUCAUCGUGAGCUCUCCAGAGAUAACGAAGGAGAUGCUUGUCACGAAGGGUACCAUCUUCAAUUCACGGGACAAGGAUACUUACGCCAGCCUGGGCCUGACGAUGAGCCCCGAUGGUAAGUCCGAGAUGGGAGCUCUUUUCACGCCUCACGGUCCUUCAUGGAAGAUAACCAGGAAAAUCAUGGUGGCAGGACAGAACGAGUUCAAGAAGAUUAUGGGGGACGAUUACGUCGUGAACGUUCUUCUGCCACAACUGUACGCGGAAAUUGACAACGAAGUUGCGAUCGAUGCUCGCACUCGAGUCGCCAAAAUGAUGGUAAUGAGGAUAUUGCUGGUGUUCGUCUUCGGGCCCGGAGCUGAGCAGUACGCCAAUAUGCUUGUUCCUCUGAACGAUGAGCUCUUCCGUGUCGUGGACAUCAACAACGGGAUAGAGUUCUUUCUCCCGCCUAUUGCGAAGCCGGUGUCCUGGGUUUAUUACAGGCUGUUCCAAAAGGGUCUCGUCGCAAAAAAGCACAAGGCUUACGAAGAAAUCCUCUCUCAACGGGGCAUAAGGUAUAAUUUGAAGAGCGAGUGGUCUCUGAGUGACAUGGUUCAAGAAUAUGAGAGGAAUGGCGAGAUCAACCACCAUCAAGCACUCCAGAUAUACGAGGAGUGCUUCUUCGCCGGCCAAGACACGACGGCUGGCGCAGUCGAAGGGAUUCUGAAAAUGAUAGUCGAAAAUCCGAGAAUUCUCGUGAAGGUGCAGCAAGAGAUGGACGAGGUGCUGGGUGAAGGAGAGCAGUUCAGACUCACCGACGUGGAGAGGCUGCCAUACUUUCAAGCACUGAUCAAGGAGGGCCUGCGGCUUCACCGAGCUAUCCCCGUGCUGAUUCCUCACUGCGCACAUGAGGACUCAACUCUCGGAGGCUACGACAUCCCGAAAAAUACACUGGUGACGGUGAACAUUUGGGGUCUAGCUCGAGACCCGGAAGCUUUCCCCGAUCCUUAUGAGGUGAAGCCCGAGAGAUUUCUCGGUGUAGAUACGAACUAUAGCGGGACGGACGGCAAGUACAUUGUCUUCGGCCUUGGGCAGCGCAUCUGCCCAGGUCAAAGUGUGGCUCUGUUCAUGGUGAACAUGCUGAUCGGAAGCCUGUGCCAACGGUACAACUUGGCUCUAGCAAAGGACUGGAAGCAUGAACGUGACGCGGGUACCUUCUUCAAGGAGGUCGCUCUGCACCUGAAUUUGAUGAGACGGGUUGAUUCUCACGAAAUUGCUGGAUAGAAGGUCUCAAAGGCAGAAAAUUAAUCUGAGUAAUUUGUUAAAAUGGCUUUACUGGGAGCGGACCUAUUGGUGCUGAAGGAUUCGGUGGUGAUCGGGGCGUUGUGAGACGCAACAGUUAAUAGAAACAUUAACAUUAUGUGAACAUUAUAUACUAGAGAGAGUACUCUCGAGGUAUAUCUAGAGGCAUUGCUCCUUUUGACCCUCUGAAACCUUUUCUGAUCCCGCCACGAGCAGGAUCAAAGGUUGUGUCAAAGUUUCUAUUAAUUAUUAACAUGGUAAUUGCCCUUUUUUGUGUGUUUGGUU